AUGGAUCCCGUGCUUAUCGUCGGCGCCGGCGUUGUCGGCUUGACACUGGGUCAGGCCCUGAAACAGAAGAACAUUCCCUUUGAGAUUUACGAACGUGAUGCAACACCCGAUGCCCGUGGCCAAGGCUGGGCGAUCACGCUGCAUUGGGCGUUGGAGUAUAUGUGGAAGAUGUUGCCCGAAGAAACAUUGCAGCGCAUCCAGGCAGUCCAAGUUGAUCCGGACGUGGCGCGGAAUGACAAUGGCAACUUCCUGUUCAUUAACCUUGAGACCGGGGAGCCUAAAUAUAAGAUCCCUCCUAGUACGCGGUGGAGGGUGAAUCGUGAAAAGACUCGUCGGGCACUGCUGCAGGGGAUCGAGGAACAUGUUCACUGGGGUCGACGAGUCGUCGGUCUCAACUUGCCGAGCGACUCGAACCAGGUCCAACUCGUCUUCGCAGACCAGACGACGGUGACGGGUCGUAUCGCAGUCGGCGUCGAGGGAAGCCGAUCGAUGGUGCGACAGGUUCUGCGCCCGGACUCAUUCAACAACACGCCCCUGGGCAUCAACUUUACCGGAGUCGCCGUCGACUUGACACCAGCCCAGAUCGAGCCCUUGAGAGCGAUGGACCCACUGCUAUUCCAGGGAUGCCAUCCACCCACGGGUGCCUUCUUCUGGUUCUCUAUGCUCGAGACUCCCAAAGUGAAUGGCACGGCUGGGACAGCAGAGGAACGAUAUCGUGCGCAAAUAUGCAUGUCCUGGCCAGUCCAGGGGCCAGAGGAUGAGGUCGACGUGACGGAUGAAGCUCGCCUGGCGAAUAUGAAACGUCGGGCUCAGGGAUUUGUCCCCUUCUUGCAAGAAACCGUCGAUCGGAUUCCAGAGGGUACGCCAGUCACGGAGAUAAAACUGGCAGAUUGGGAGUGUCUGUCGUGGGAUAAUCAUGCUGGUCGGGUUACGCUGGCUGGUGAUGCUGCUCAUGCGAUGACAAUGUACCGAGGAGAGGCAGCAAAUCACGGUAUUCUGGACGCAUAUCAGCUGAUGCAGGCGAUCGUAAAAAUCUUCGAUGGCUCUGCAACACCCUCGGUGGCUAUCGAUGAAUUCGAGAAGGAAAUGAGAACGCGGACCAGUCGUGCAGUCCGGUUGAGUCGGCAGGCUUGUAAGGAUGCACAUGACUGGAGCCGACUGGAUGAGACAUCGGCGAUCCUAACGAAGAGAGCGAUUGUCGGGGAAUAA